AUGGCAAACGAGGAAGUUCAAUUCUCACAGCAUGAUUGGGAUGUUGAAAAGUUGCAUGAAGAAGACAAUUGUCCUUAUGGCGAAGAGUUUCUAUCUUUAGCACGUGGUCCUAUUCAAUAUGUGACUUCUUUUAGUGGCUAUGUGACUAAUGGAUUUAGAUUUCAAACAUUGCAGCGCGAUAAAAACUUAAGAACGCAGAAUAGUGGAGUAGUGGUGCUUGGUGACACAUGUGAUGGGCAUGGGGCUUUAGACUUUUAUGGGGUCUUGAAGGAAGUACUCAAGUUAGAGUAUUUGGGGGGAAAUUAUAUCGUGCUUUUCCGCUGUGAUUGGUAUGAUGUGCUUGAUUAUAGGAGAGGAAAACAGGUGGACAAAUUUGGUUAUAUUAGUGUUGAUACACAACGAUUCUUAAAAACAAAUGAACCGUUUGUGCUAGCUAGCCAAGUAUCGCAAGUGUUCUAUGCAACAGAUAUUGUAAACAAAGGUAGUUGGCGUGUUGCAAUGAAGACAAAACCUCGAUCAAUGUAUGAAUUGUCAAUGCAACAUGAUAGCGAUUCUCAGAACAAGGAAAAUAACUUGGAUGUCUCUGAGGAUGCGUAUCAAGAACUGGAGUCAUUUGGCUUACAUGCUGGUGCAUCAACAUCAACAUACACACAUAAUGAAAUGAACGAUGAAGAUAGGGUUGACAUUGAACUUGAGAUCAUUGAUGCUUCUACCUUAUUCUCACUUCAUAAAUGCACCAUUACUGAAGAAGCCUUCCUAUCUAGCACUGGAAUACUUGGUUUACGACGUGAUCAAGGCAAGAAACCUACCUUCUUUCCAGGACUUUUGGCUAAAGCCACCUCUCCAAUUACUUCAGGUGAUCAAAUGAUUUCUUCAUCUCCACAUCUUACUCAUCAAGUAAACAAAUUGAACCAAGUGCCUACUAAUGUUUCUACUUUGAGCAAAGAGAAUCAAGUGUCAAAUGUAAUUGUUGCUCCUGGAAGCAAACAAAAACAACAGCUGGAUGUUAAUAGGAAUGAAGGUGCUGGGGAAAAGGAGGGUAAUCCCUCACAUUCGAGCCUCAUAGAUGAUCUUCAUGAGGAUAUCCAUGUUGAAGAUUUUUUGCAGAGAUCUAUCAAUAAUGAGGCCAUUAGCACUUUACUAGAGCAAAAUGUGACAGAAACUAGUACUCAAAUACAUGAAGAAGUGUCUAACCCUGUGAUAGAGAAGAGAAAGAGAAAAUCUAAUGCUAAACCAAGAGGUGGCAACAAGUGUAAGAAAGUGGCAAAUUUGAGAGGAAGUGAAAAAUUAGGGGUUGAGUUUUAUAAUAAUGGUCCAGUUGGAGAUAACCAUAGGGAUAUGACGAGGCACAUGGGUAAACUUGUUCGAGAUCGUACGAUCUGCCCAAUUAGAGUGCAUUCAUGGGAUGAGAUCGAUGAUAACGCAAAGGAGCAUAUGUGGCAAUCGGUGUUGAACAAAUUUGUCGGGAAUGGCUUUGAAUUGGAUCGUAAGACAACGAUUGACCAUAUGAAAAGAUUGUGGCAAAAUUGGAGAGGAAUGUUGAAACAAUUUGCAAUAAAUAAAAAAGGUGGUCUGGAAAAUGCAUUGAAAGAAACACCUAGAGAUUUAACACCUGAUGAUUGGAAAUGGCUAGUGAAAGAGCAUUUUUCAAGUGAUGCUUUUAAGAAAAUAAGCUCUAAAAAUUCUUGCAAUAGAGGAAAUCUGACAAUGCCUCAUCGCACAGGUAGCAUGCCAUUUAGACAAGUAAUAUGGGAGGAAAUGGGCGGAAAAGAGGGAAAGGAUCCACCUCUAAUUUCUGAAGUUUUUAAGAGGACUAGGCAAGGGAAAUGUGGAACGUUAAAGGAAGAUGUAGCUGCUAAAUAUGAAGAGAUAGUUACUGUUGAAACUGAAAGCCCAUCCCUAUCACAUUUUGAAGUUGUUGAAAAGUGCUUUGGGGAACAAGAUCGUGGUGGUAUGGUUUGUUUUGGGCUUGGUCUAAAACCCAAACAUGUAAGAGGUCCAUUACCUACUAGAGCUGAUCUUACAACACAUCUCCAUGAGAAACAAAGAGAAAAUGACGAACUGAGAAAGCGAAUAGAUGAAAUGGAAAAAGCCCGUCAAGAGGAGAGUGAGACAAACAAUAAGAAGAUAAGUUCUUUAGAAGAUAAAUUGAACAUCAUCUUGGCAGCUUAUAUGCAACAAUCAAGUGGAAGUGAUCAAGCUAAUGCUAGUGUUAGUUAAAUUUUCAGGUACUGGAAGCUCAGCACUAGAACCACUUUUGUUCAAGGCUCACAUGCAUGACAUCGUAUUUUUUGUAAAUCUUCGUUCGAUAUUUUGGAUGCAAAGCUUAAAUAUACUACUUAGAAGCACUAUGGGGCACUUUGGAUGCAAAAUUUUUGUAUAGAUAAUUUAUAAUACUUUGGAUGCAAAGUUAGGGAUGGAUGAGAUCUACUUUUAAGAAAUUUUGCAAUGCUUUUUUGUAUAUCUGAUUCUUUUUAAAGAGAAGUAUUAGAAGUAAUAUAUAUACAUAUUUUUUUCAUUUAUCUUUUUA